UUAUGGGACCUCAGGAUGGGAGCAGAUCUCUAUUUUUUUGAGAAGAUAAAGGAUGAUAGUUUUCAUUGAAGGGAGAAAAUAAACAACAUAAUAUAAAUAACCCUUUGUAGGUUAUUAGAUGUCUUAGCUGCAAGGAGAGACCCGUGUGGAUUAUCAGGAGAUAUUUUGGUAAACGGUAAACCUCAACCUGCUAAUUUCAAAUGUACAUCUGGUUAUGUACCACAAAAUGAUGUGAUCAUGCACACGGUGACCGUGAGAGACAAUUUAGAGUUCUCAGCAGCUCUCCGUCUUCCAAUGACUAUAACAAGAAAUGAAAAAAGAAGGAGGAUUAAUGAGGUGCUUGAACUUCUGCAUCUGGAAAAAGAACAAAAUACCAAGCCUAGAUCCAAGGAACUCAGGAAAAGGACCAGUAUAGCAGUGGAGCUGGUCACUGAGCAUCCCAUUUUGUUCUUGGAUGAUCCCACCACUGGCUUAGACUUGAGAACUACAACUGAUAUCAUUGCAGUCCUGAGAAGGAUGUCGAAGAAGGGAAGGACAGUCAUCUUCUCCAUCAAUCAGCCUCAGUACUCCAUCUUCAGAUUCUUUGAUAGCCUCACCUUAGUGGCUUCAGGAAAACUCAUGUUUCAUGGACCUGCACAGGAUGCUCUGGAGUACUUCACAUCUGCAGGUUACCAAUACGAGUCCCACAACAACCCUGCAGACUUCUUCCUGGACGUCAUUAAUGGAGGUUUGUGUGACACAGAGGAAGAUGGCCAUGAAGCUGACGAACAUGAAGACCUUUAUGAGAGACUACAUCAAGUCACAGAAAAAUUGGCCAAUAUGUAUGCCCAGUCACCCUUACACAGUGACACAAGAGCCAAACUGGAUCAACUCUUGGGGGAACAGAAGCAGGACAGGAGAUCAGCUAUGGAGACCACAUUUGUCACCCCUUUCUGGCAUCAGUUCGGGUGGAUUACCCUUCGAUCAUUCAAAAAUUUCAAGGGUUUUCCAUGGGUCACUGUGAUUCAGGCAAUUAUUGCAGUCAUACUGGCGGUGUUUGUGGGUACCAUUUUCCGUCUCCUACAAAAUGUUUGUACCGAAGUCAAGGCAAGAGCUGGGCUGCUCUUCUUUCUCACAGGCUUUGAAUGUAUCUUAAGUGUGUCUGCAGGGGAGCUCUUCCUCCUUGACAGGAAUCACUUUCUACAUGAGCACACCAGUGGAUACUACAGAGUGUCAUCCUAUUUCUUUGGAAAACUGCUGGCUGAGCUAAUACCCAGGAGGCUGUUGCCAAGUAUGAUAUUUACUCUUAUAACAUACUUCAUAGCAGGAAUGAAAACAGGUGUCAAGGGUUUCUUCGUUACGAUAUUUACUGUCAUGAUGUUGGCGUCUUCCGCCAGUUCCCUGUCCCUAUCGUUAGGAGCUGGAGAGAACACAGCUGCUCUACCAACGACUCUCAUAACCAUCUACUUUAUGUUCAUGCUGUUUUUUUCAGGUUUAUCACUAUUUUCCAUAAACUUCCUGCCUCAGCUCUCAUGGAUUCAGUACCUUAGCAUCCCUCAUUAUGGAUUUAGGGCUUUGCUGCACAAUGAGUUCCUCGGACAAAACUUCUGUCCAGAACACAACACAGAAGAAGUCAGUAGAUGUCAGAACUAUGUAAUAUGCACUGGUGAAGAAUUCUUGCAAAACCUAGACAUUGAUUCCUCAUCCUGGGGCUUCUGGGAGAAUCACCUGGCUUUAACCUGUAUAAUGAUUAUCCUCUUAAUGAUUUCUUAUGUACGAUUGCUACGUCUUAAGAAAAGGAUACAUUGUUAAGCUACCCUUUUUUAAUUUUCUAUAUUUAAAUUUCCAUUUGUUUUCAAGUGUCCUGACAUUGGAAGGAAACUUUUCUUUGUGUUGUAAAUCCAACAAACAAACCCGCAGCUGACAGGGUUUUAGGUCCUAUUGUGGGGACUUUUUACAGUUGUUUAAAGAGAUGUAAUUUCAAACUACCUUCUGAAUGUUUGUAAGUGUAUUCAUGGACAAAUGCUACAUCCAGCAUGACCCACAGAGGAUCUCUCUGCUGUGAACUGUGGUGAAUGCAGAGACUCAUGGCUGCUUACAGUACAGGGCUAAAGGACACUCGAGUACUUAUCUCCAACAGGACACCUAUAGCAUGCCCUCUCCAUCUCAGACCAUUGUGGACGAAGAGUACAAAGAGUGCAGGAGCCAAAAGAUGAGAAGAGGGAAUGGAAAUGCAAUAUUGUGGCCAAGCUUCUUAAUAGCUCUUACACUUCAGUAAGAACUAGGGUCCUGGACUGGAGAGAUGGCUCAGCAGUUAAGAGCACUGACUGCUCUUCCAGAGGUCCUGAGUUCAAUUCCCAGCAACCACAUGGUGGCUCACAACCAUCUGUAAUGAGAUCUGAUGCCCUCUUCCGGUGCUGUUUGGAAAUAGCAACAGUGUACUCAUACAUUAAAUAAAUUAAAAACAAAAAACAAAAAACAAAAAACUAGGGUCCUUGAUUUCCUUAUCUAGAUUCUUGAUUGACUUGUCCAGUGAAUUUUCUAAGUUUCCCCGUUUGCGCAUUUGUUGAUCACGUAACAUUCGUAACAUAAGUGCCCACUGACAAUGGUGGGCUUACACCCUCUUCGUUUAUAUUUUUCCUUUUAUCCAAAUAUUAUACGAGGUUAGUUGGAGCUUGGAAGUUUCCAACUCCUAAAUUUAUAUUUUCUUUGCUGCCUAUGCUGUGAGAGCACACAACCUGUACACAGCCCAGCCCCUUUUGAUUACUGGCUAUCAUCAAAAAUAAAAGCCAAAUUGCCCAGGAGCGUGUUAGCAUUAAGCUCUGUGCAGCUGCGCUGGCAUCUAUAGUCUCUUAGAGACUGCAAGAUAUCUGCCCAAAUCCUUCUGGCUUUUAGAGUCUCUGUUGAGAAGUUGGGUGUAAUUCGGAUAGGUCUGCCUUUAUAUGUUACUCAGCCUUUCCCCCUUGCAGCUUUUAAUACUUUUAAUUUAAUAUUUUCCCUUUGUUAACCAUAGUUAAGUGUUUUCAAUUAUUAUUUGGUGGGAGAAUUUUCUUUUCUGGCUGAAUUUAUUUCACGUUCUGACUUUUUAUAUUUAUAGGCAUUUCUUUGUGUAAGUUACAGAAAUUUUCUUCUAUGAUAUUGUUGAAAGUAUUUUUAGACCUUUGAGCUGGAAAUCUUCCUCUUCUAUUCAUAUUGCUCUUAGAUUUCACGUUUUCACAGAACACCAGAUUUCCUGGAUGUUUUGUGUCAAGAACGUUUUGCAUUGAACAUUUGCUUUGACAGAUGCACAAAUAUAGAAUUGUAAAUUUUUUCAAUAAAAAUUGCAAAAAUAAAGAGCGUAUAGAGUAAUAAA